AUGAAGCUCUUCCGCGCCGUACUCGUCGCUGCCGUGAUCUGUAUGGCCCGAACCAUCGUCAAGGCCGAGGAAAAUGCUGCCGAAACGGAUCACGUCCACCCGCCGCCGAACAAGAACUGGAACUCCCACCCCGAGUGCAGAGGAAGCGUAUCUGCACCUCACUCAAAUUCAGAGCAGUCUCUAAUGUUUCCCCGUAAUACGUUAGCAUUUGGUGUUCCGCACGAGCCCGCAUCCUCUUCUUUGUACGAUUUGAGCUUGUGCUAUGUUGAUGACUUCCUGCCGACGAUAACACUUGACGCCUUCGACAACUUCGCAGAAUGGCCGGGUCAGCAAAACACAAAUUGGCGUAUGUAG